CCUUCUGGGCCGAGUUGGGGUCGGGGGAGGGGUUUGCGCAGAUUCUGAUAAAAACCACAGGAGAAAGGACCCACCCGGGACUGCAGCGCGCGGCUGCCCAAACUUCGCCGAGCUCUUCGGCGGGCGCCCUGCUUGGGAAAGGGGUGCAGCGGCGAUCUGCGCGGAGAGGGGCUCCCUCCGAGAGCCCAGUUCCUGCCUGGCCACCGCGGACCCCUGCUGCCAACAAGCCCCUGCUGCUUUCGCUGGCCUGCCACCCCCCACCUCCUCCCAGCACAGGACAAAGAUGGAGAUACCUUUCAGCUCCCACCUCUACAGCUGUUUGGUCGUGCUCGCCUUCCUGCCUUCCCCGAGCCUGGCACAGUAUGAGAACUGGCCCUACCAGUUUCAGUACCCCGAGUACUUCCAGCAGCCAGCCCCAGAAUACUUCCAGCAACCAGCUCCAGAGUACCACCAGCCCCAGGUGCCCUCCGACGUGGUGAAGAUCCAGCUGCGCUUAGCAGGCCAGAAGAGGAAGCACAAUGAGGGCCGCGUGGAGGUCUAUUACGAAGGCCAGUGGGGCACUGUGUGUGAUGACGACUUCUCCAUCCAUGCUGCCCACGUUGUCUGCCGGGAGCUGGGGUAUGUGGAGGCCAAGUCCUGGAUUGCCAGCUCCUCCUACGGCCCAGGGGAAGGGCCCAUAUGGCUGGACAACAUCCACUGCACCGGCAAAGAGGCAACCCUAGCCGCCUGCUCCUCCAAUGGCUGGGGUGUCACGGACUGCAAGCACACAGAGGAUGUUGGUGUGGUGUGCAGUGACAAGAGGAUUCCUGGCUUCAAAUUUGACAAUUCAUUGAUCAACCAGAUAGAGAGCUUGAAUAUCCAAGUGGAAGACAUCCGGAUUCGCCCCAUCCUCUCUGCCUUCCGCCAUCGCAAACCAGUGACUGAGGGCUAUGUGGAGGUAAAGGAGGGCAAGGCCUGGAAGCAGAUCUGUGACAAGCACUGGACGGCCAAGAAUGCCCACGUGGUCUGCGGCAUGUUUGGUUUCCCUGCAGAGAAGACAUACAACCCCAAAGCCUACAAAACCUUUGCCUCGAGAAGGAAGCUGCGCUAUUGGCGCUUUUCCAUGAACUGCACGGGUACCGAGGCUCACAUCUCCAGCUGCAAGCUGGGCCCACCGGUGUCACGGGACCCUGUGAAGAACUCCACCUGUGAGAAUGGGCAGCCAGCUGUGGUCAGCUGUGUGCCUGGCCAGGUCUUCAGCCCUGAUGGACCCUCAAGAUUCCGGAAAGCUUACAAGCCAGAGCAGGACCAUGUGUCUCUCCAGCAACCCUUGGUACGGCUGAGGGGUGGAGCCCAGGUUGGAGAGGGCCGCGUCGAGGUGCUCAAGAAUGGAGAAUGGGGAACCGUCUGUGAUGACAAGUGGGACUUAGUGUCAGCCAGUGUGGUCUGCAGAGAGCUGGGCUUCGGAACUGCUAAGGAGGCUGUCACCGGCUCCCGGCUGGGGCAAGGGAUUGGACCCAUCCACCUCAAUGAGGUCCAGUGCACGGGGACUGAGAAGUCCAUCAUAGACUGCAAACUGAACACGGAGUCCCAGGGCUGCAACCAUGAGGAAGACGCUGGUGUGAGAUGCAACAUCCCCAUUAUGGGCUUCCAGAAAAAGCUGCGCCUGAACGGGGGCCGCAAUCCCUAUGAAGGCCGAGUGGAGGUACUGACAGAGAGAAACGGGUCCCUUGUGUGGGGGACUGUAUGUGGCCAGAACUGGGGCAUUGUGGAAGCCAUGGUGGUCUGUCGACAGCUGGGCCUGGGCUUCGCCAGCAACGCCUUCCAGGAGACCUGGUAUUGGCAUGGAGAUAUCACCAACAAAGUGGUCAUGAGUGGAGUGAAGUGCUCAGGAACUGAACUGUCCCUGGCACACUGUCGCCACGAUGAGGAAGUGACCUGCCCCGAGGGUGGGAUGCGGUAUGGUGCUGGAGUCGCCUGCUCAGAAACUGCACCUGACCUGGUGCUCAAUGCUGAAAUUGUACAACAGACUGCCUACCUGGAGGACCGGCCCAUGUUCAUGCUGCAGUGCGCCAUGGAGGAGAACUGCCUGUCAGCCUCUGCCAUCCACACCAACCCCACCAGAGGCUACCGGCGCCUUCUGCGCUUCUCCUCUCAAAUCCACAACAAUGGCCAGUCUGACUUCCGCCCCAAGAAUGGCCGCCAUGCCUGGAUCUGGCAUGACUGCCACAGGCACUACCAUAGCAUGGAAGUAUUCACCUACUAUGACCUUCUGAGCCUCAAUGGCACCAAGGUGGCUGAGGGCCACAAGGCCAGCUUCUGCUUGGAGGACACGGAGUGUGAGGGAGACAUUCAGAAGAGUUACGAGUGUGCCAACUUUGGCGAGCAGGGCAUCACUAUGGGCUGCUGGGAUGUGUACCGUCAUGACAUCGACUGCCAGUGGAUUGACAUCACUGAUGUGCCCCCUGGAGAUUACCUGUUCCAGGUCGUCAUUAACCCCAACUAUGAGGUGCCAGAAUCGGAUUUCUCCAACAACAUCAUGAAAUGCAGGAGCCGCUAUGAUGGCUACCGUAUCUGGAUGUACAACUGUCAUGUAGGUGGAUCCUUCAGUGAGGAGACAGAACAAAAGUUUGAACACUUUAGUGGACUCCUAAAUAACCAGCUUUCUGUGCAGUAAAGACUUGGAGCCAGGUGUGGUGACUCAUGCCUGUAACUCCUGCACUCAGGCUGAAGCAGGAGGGCUGCCACAAGACUGCCAGCCUAGGCUUUAGACCAAGAGUCUAUCUUGAAAAAAACCAAAAGGGAAAAAAAGAAGAAAAAAAAGACUCAUGGUUACCUCCUGACUUCAGGUGACACAACGUCUCCCCAGGGGACAUAUCCAUCACCACAGUCCAGCUGGCCAGACCCGGCUGAGAGGAAAGGUGCUCCCUCAUUACCAGGUGCUGCUGCCUGACCCUGGGCCCCUCCUCAGGGGCAGGGGCUUUGACACAUGGCUGUGGGAGCUGGUGACAGCCUGUCACCAGCUUAUCCCAUUCAAGCUUUGGCCUAUCCCAAGUGUGACAUCAUCACGCUCUGCAGAGUGGGUCAUUUUCUUCUGAAAAUGUGGCAGAUGUGAACUUAUCAACCCCAGAGGUGGUCAGGCCGAAUCCCAUUUCUCCCCUUCCUUAUUCAUUCUGGAAAACUUGAAUAUCUAGACCUUUGUAUUAGGAACUUUUCUCAUUGCAGGACACAAUUCCUGACAAAACCAAGUUAAGGAAGGGUGGGUUUAUUUUGCCUCAUGGUUUUGAGGACACAGCCCCUUGUGGCAGGGAAGGCACAGCAGCAGGAUUGUGAGGCAUCUGGUCUUAAACUCACUAUACAACCAAAGAUGACCUGUCUUCUGAGUGCUGGGAUUACAGUGUGCCACCAUGCCAUUUUAUGCAGUGCUAGGGAUCAAACCCAGGGCUUUCUACAUGCAAGACAAGCACUCCAAUCUAAUAAUUAUAACUGCUUUCUCAGCAACUUUAAACUUGUUCAUACUUUUUCAUACCAUACACAUUUUUAAUUACAUCUUUCUGUUCCAAUUGUGACUUUUUUUUACUGUAGACCUGAAUAAGAGCAAUGAGCAGUAACCAUACUGCAGGCUGAAUGCUAGAGUGUCUAAAAAUUUCCUCCACUAACCAAAUUAGUCCAUCACUUUUGAGUUCAAGCUCACACAAGUUCUCAGGACACAGGCAGAAUACAGCUAGAUUCUUUGCCAGGCAAUAGCAAUGGCUUCUAGCCCAGUUCUAGUCCUUGUUCCCAACAAAACCUCACGAGCCAGGUAUCCCCCGUGUACACUUCCCACAGCAUUCCGGUCUUUCAGACUCCCACUAGAAUGGCCCAUUAAACUGUUCACAGCAUUCUAGGACUUUUCUAGCCCAAAGUUCUAAACUUUUCUACAUUCCUCCCUCAAACCAGUUCCAAACUCCUAAGAACCAUGUUUAUUACAUCAGUGAUUCCACUCUUGACACCAAUUUCCCUUAUUAGUUACUUUUCUCGUUACUGUGACAAAAGCAGCUUAAGGAAGGUGCAUUUUAGGAAGGCUGAUAGUUUGAGUCUCCUAGUGGGAAAGGUGUGGUGGCAGGUGUGUGAGAUGGCUGGUCGCAUUGUGUCCACAGACAGGAAGCCGGGGAAGAUGACUGCUGGUGCUCAGCUUGCUUUCCUCUUUUUAUUUGGCCCAAGACCCCAGCCCAUGGAAU